CCAUUAUUAAUAUUUAAUUGCGCGCCCUUUCAUAGUGCGGAAAAAGGAAAUGGGGAGCCACAGUAACAGUAGUGGCGAUGAUCAACCGGAGGCUCUGGUCCGAGGGCAAGCCGAGAUAUGGAAGCUCAUGUUCGGCUUCGUAGAAUCCAUGGCUCUCAAAUCCGCCGUCCAGCUCGGCAUCGCUGACAUCAUCCACUCUCAUGGCUCUCCCGUCACCAUUUCCCAGUUGGCUUCCGGGAUCGACUCACCAUCUCCAGAUUCAUCCUACUUGUCCAGAAUCAUGAGAUUCCUAGUCCACAAGGGCCUCUUCACAGCUCACCACACGCCACAUAAGCAGGACCACGAUGACGUGGACGACGCGUACGAGACCCGCUACGGGCUGAACGACGUGUCUAGGUGGCUGCUCCGAAGCUCGGAGCUGAACCUGGGCCCGAUGGUGUUGAUGGAGAACCACCCGCUGCUCCUGGCCCCGUGGCACCAGCUGGGCCCAUGCGUUCGAGAGGGUGGGCUGGCGUUUGAGAAGGCCCAUGGGUCCAGUGUCUGGGAAGUCGGGUCUCGGGAUCCGGAGCUGAACCGGGUUUUCAACGACGGGCUGGCCAGCACGGCCAAGGUGGUGAUGAAGGCGUUUCUGUCCGGUUACGGGGACGGGUUGGGCGGGGUCGGGUCGCUGGUGGACGUGGGAGGCGGGAUGGGCGGGAACCUGGCGGAGAUCGUGCGAGCGCACCCGCACGUGCGAGGGAUCAACUUCGACUUGCCGCACGUUGUCGGGACGGCGCCGGAGUAUAAAGGGGUGGAGCAUGUGGGCGGGGAUAUGUUCCAAGAGGUUCCUGAAGCGGAUGCUGUGCUCAUGAAGUGGAUAUUGCAUGACUGGGAGGACGAUAAAUGUGUUGAAAUUCUGAACAAGUGCCGGAAAGCAAUACCGGAGAGAAGAGGGAAGGUGAUAAUAGUGGAGAUAGUGCUGCCGGAAGAUGAUCAGAAAGAGGAAUCUGGAGGUUUCGGCGAGGUGGGUUUGGUGUUUGAUCUUCUGAUGAUUGCCCACACAGCAGGGAAAGAGAGGACUGAGCGACAAUGGAAAGUGUUGCUGGAGAAAGGAGGCUUCCCUCGCUACAGAGUCAUCAGGAUCCCUGCUUUACCCGCCAUUAUUGAGGCCUAUCCAGUUUGAUCACAACAUCUUAAUUCUUACAUGCCUCACUUUGAACAUGCAUUAUGAAAACAAUGUUGUUAAUUGUACUUUAUGGAUGUGUAUAUUAUACCCCUGUAACUACACCAGCUGGUCAAGGAUAUAUGACAUGUUAUUAUUGAAGCAAUAUAUGGUGAAGUAUACUGCAAGGUUUAGAUUAAACGAUAAAAAUACAUGUUUUGA